AUGCUUACAAAAGCAAAGGUGACAACCAUAUCAGGCCCUGCAGAUCUGAUUGAAGGCUCAGGAAUAGUCCAAGUUAUGUUACCAAAUGGAACAAUACUGUCCAUUCAAGAUGCUUUAUAUUCAUCUAACUCCAGAAGGAAUUUGUUGAGUUAUAAAGAUAUACAUUUGAAUGGCUACCAUGUUGAAACAAAAAAUGAGGAAAAUAUGGAAUAUCUUUGCAUUACCUCCAGUGAUACCCAGAAGUGUAUAAUGGAGAAACUUUGUGCGCUCUCAUCAGGGUUGUACUAUACAACCAUACAGACAAUUGAGGCACAUAAUGUCAUGGACCUGAUGUUCAUUGACUCAAAUACUUUUAAGCUUUGGCAUGACUGGUUGGGUUAUCCUGGAUCCACCAUGACGCGUAGGAUCAUCACUAGCUCUAAAGGACAUCCCUUGUUGACAAAACACAUUAUGUUAUCAAGUGACAGCUCUUGCCAAACUUGUUCACAUGGGAAGUUGGUGAUCAGACUAUCACAACCAAAGGUUGAUGUUGAAUCCCCAUCAUUUUUACAGAGAAUCCAAGGGGACAUUUGUGGGCCUAUUCAUCCUCCAUGCGGACCAUUUCGAUACUUUAUGGUCUUGGCUGAUGCAUCUACCCGAUGGUCACAUGUUUGCCUUUUGUCCACUCGGAAUAUGGCAUUUGCUAGGCUCUUGGCUCAGAUAAUUAAAUUACGAGCCCAAUUCCCUGAUUAUCCCAUUAAUUCAAUCAGACUCGAUAAUGCUGCUGAAUUUACAUCUCGGACUUUUGAUGACUACUGCAUGUCACUAGGCAUUGACAUUGAACAUCCUGUUCCUCAUGUUCAUACUCAAAAUGGCUUGGCAGAAGCUUUAAUUAAGCAUCUUCAAUUGAUAGCUUGCACCUUGCUAAUGAAGACAAAAUUGCCAAUUUCUGCCUAG